UGAUUAAAUUUUGCAGUUGUGUGCCUCUCUCUCCCUCUCUCUUGAUUAAAUUUUGCAGUUGUGUGCCUCUCUCUCUCUCUCUCUCUCUCUCUCUCUCUCUCUCCCUAUAUAUCCACCCCAAACGUUUUCACCAUUUUUAUCACAGUCAAGUCAGAGAGAGAGAGAGUCCCAUCAAAAAAAAAGUCAGAGAGAGAGAGAGAGAGAGAAAUUUUGUGAAAUUGUAAUAAUAAUAAUAAUAGAUCGAAGCAUGGUUUCGUUGCACACACCUCUGAAGACAAUCAAAGAGUUGGAGAAUUCGGCAAAGAAAAGGAAAUGGGAAGAGGAAGCAGUGGAAGAGGUGUUCGAGAAGCCACUUCUUAUUAGUAGUAGUAGUAGUAGUAGUAGUAGGAAAGGAUCCAAAAGUCCGAAAUCCAUGUUUGAUACGGAGCUUCUACGCCUCGAGACUCCGUUGCCUUUGGAAUGGCAGCGCUGCCUUGAUAUCCAGUCUGGCCAGAUACACUACUACAACACGAGGACUCAAACCAGAAUAUCAACUGAUCCAAGAACAACUAACUCAGUCCCAGACCCACCAACUCCUCCUCCUUCUCACAUGAGCCUAGACCUUGAGCUCAACCUACCAUGUGGCUCACCCACCACCACAAAAACCCGCUACUCCUCUCCCGAUGGCCCCACCGACGACAUCACCACCACCGGUAACGGUGAUACGUUUCCGGAUUGGAGCAAAAACAAGGGCAACGAUUAUUCCGGGGGCGGCGGGGGUAUCCCGAGGUGUCCGUCGUGGUUGGCGUUCGGAGGGGACGAGAGAGAGAUGAUAACGGCGGUGUGCAAGAAGUGUCACAUGUUGGUGAUGAUGUGCAAGUCUUCUCCGGCGUGCCCAAAUUGCAAAUUUGUGCACCCACCAGAUCAGACCCUUCCUGAUAACUUAUUUGCUAAUAAGUCAGGUCUUAGCCUCUUGUGUUAGAUACUAUAUAUUAUUAAUAAAAAAAGACUCUGCCAUAUGUUUAAUUAACUAGUGUUAUGGUAUUGAAUUAAUUAGUUCUAGUAAGAAGUGAAUCUCCAGCCUUUAACAAGUGGUCGGAGAGAGAGAAAAAGGGGGCGAGGAGUAGUUUAUUAUGUAAAAUAUACAAGUAAAUAAUUUGGUUCUUAAGGUUGUUAUUUCUUCUCGGUUUC